GUAAAAAAACAAACAAACAAACCUCUCUCAAUGGCAUUCUUCUUCCUCCUCUCAAUCCUCUCUCUUCAUUUACUAAACGCCACCGCCGCCACCGCCGCCGCCGCCGCCGCCUAUACCCUCCAUCUCUCACCGAUCACCGCCGUCGAUCGCCAUGACCUCUUUCAGAAACUUAAAUUCCAUUCGUCUCUCUCAAUUACCCGAGCCCGACAUCUCAAGCGACCCGGAAAUAACUUGACAUUUUCUCCGACAACGUUCGAUUCCCAACUCCCAAUCUUACCGCAAAGCUACGGCGGAUACUCCGUUUCUCUCUCGUUCGGUACGCCGCCGCAGAGUGUCGAUCUCAUUAUGGACACCGGCAGUAGUCUCGUCUGGCUCCCCUGCACUAAACACUACACAUGCUCCAAAUGCAAUUUCAAUAACCUAAACCCGACAAAAAUACCCGUUUUCGUACCCAAAUUAUCCUCAUCGGCUAAAAUUAUCGGGUGCAGUAACCCGAAAUGUGGCCUUAUUUACGGAUCGGAUGUUGUAUCCAUUUGCAAGAAGUGCAUAACCAAUUGCACGCAGAUUUGCCCGCCAUAUAUGAUCGCUUACGGAUCCGGUUCGACAUCCGGGUUACUUAUGUCGGACACGCUUCAUUUACCCGGGAAAAAGGCGGCUGUUGAUGGGUUUGUUGCCGGGUGCUCAAUGUUUUCAACCCAUCAACCUUCUGGUAUUGCUGGAUUCGGGCGUCGACCCGAAUCUCUUCCGGUUCAAAUGGGUCUCACUAGGUUUUCUUACUGUCUCGUUUCUCAUAAAUUCGACAAUACUGCAAAGGGAAGUGAAAUGGUUAUUGUAUCCGGUUCGGAUUCUAGUAAGACCCGGAAUGUUAGUUACACCCCUUUGAUAAACAAUUCAAAGGCGUUAAAUCCAGCCUUUCUAAAUUACUAUUACAUGGGUCUUCGUAAGAUUACUGUCGGCGGUCGGAAAGUGAAGAUUCCUCACCGAUUAGUGACGAUUGGGAAGAACGGCGACGGCGGAACAAUUAUCGAUUCCGGGUCAACCUUUACGUUCAUGGAGCAUGAAGUGUUCUUAGCGGUGGCGGCGGAAUUCGAGAAACAAAUGGGGGAUUACCGGAGAGCUUCCGACGUAGAAAAAUGGUCUGGAUUAAGUCCAUGUUUUGAAAUCGCCGAUGAAGAAUCGGUUUUGUUCCCUGAACUUGUGUUUCAUUUUAAAGGUGGGACGAAAAUGGAGUUACCGUUGGCUGACUAUUUUUCUGUGGUGAGUGAAAACGGUGCCGUUUGUAUGACCAUCGUUACCGAUGAGAUCUCGCCGGCGGGAAACGGAGGGCCGUCGAUUAUAUUGGGGAAUUAUCAGCAACAGAAUUUUUAUGUGGAAUAUGAUCUUGAAAAUCAACGGUUGGGAUUUCGGAAACAGAUUUGCUAAUGAAAAACUGACAAGUAAUUAAUAACAAAGGAAAAUAAUAACACUGGCUCGACAGGUGUCGGCUAUAGAUUGGAGAUUUUAUAAUAUUGAUUAUAUUUUGUAUUAAUAUUUUAUUGUUGUUGUAUUUUAUUAUAGCAUUUUGGAAAUUUGGCAAUCAGUGUAAUGUAUGAUUUGCAUGGUUAUUGGUAACAUUUGGUAAUUAAUUUUAAUUGGGACACUUUCCUUAA